CCGACGGUCGCGCCACUUCGCAGCUCGCAACGCGGUAGUGCCGAAAUAUACGCGCUCGCCUUUGAGUUCCUUUCCCGAGACAGUGCUUCCGAAAUCAUCACAGGAUAAUAGCGACGCAAACAGAAGGCAUCCGUGGGGACUCGAAUCUGGCUCGACGUUCGUUGUGAUGCAUCGGAAAUGUUUUCCAACUUCUACUCGGCCGAGAGCUGAGCAAAGGGAUGUGCAUAAAUACUUGAGAGUUGCGGAGAAUCGAAAGUGAAGCGGAGGAGCUAGAGGAGCUAGAGGAAGGAUCCCAGCAGCAGCCAAGUGCCGAGCAAUCAGAGGACAAACAAUUACCGAAGAGGACGGGAGAAGGAGCAGCCGGACCGGCGCUGGCAAAUAAAAAUGAAAAUUAAAAUAUUUCCGCUGACAGCGGAUGCAGCGACGAUUGCCGCGCGUCGCCAGCAACGGGAAGCGGGAGGGGGAGGGGGAGGGUUGGAGGGGUUGGACAAGGGGAAGGGGAAGCUGCGGCGGAAGCGAGAAAUGCCGGAAAUACCCCCACGGCUAAUUGUUGCCGCUGCCACCGCCGCAGUCUCGCUCCUCUGCCUCUCCUUCUCCUUCUCGCCUUCUCUCUGCGCCGCCCAGGAGAGCGACGACGAGGGGGAGCUGCUUCACCUGGACCAGCUGCACCACCAGCACCAGGAGUUCGUCAUCGGGGAGUCCGAGGAGCACGAUCACAUCGCCCACCACCUGGCGGAAAUGCAAAAUAAGGAUGAGCUACUUGAGGACAUACGCGAGGACUCGGUCGUCAAUGCGAUUCCGGAGAAAGAUCUUCCCAAGUUCGGAGAGCUGUUGCAAAACGUGACUGUUCCCGUGAGUCGGGAGGCAGUUCUCCAGUGUGUAGUCGACAACUUGCAGACCUACAAGAUCGCGUGGCUACGUGUCGAUACACAGACCAUUCUAACGAUACAAAAUCACGUCAUAACCAAAAAUCAUCGCAUGAGCAUAACUCACGCCGAGAAACGUGCCUGGAUUUUGCGUAUACGUGAUGUGAAGGAGUCCGACAAAGGCUGGUACAUGUGCCAAAUAAACACGGACCCCAUGAAGAGCCAAGUCGGCUACCUAGACGUAGUGGUGCCCCCCGACAUCCUGGACUACCCGACCAGCACCGAUAUGGUAAUACGCGAGGGCUCCAACGUGACCCUCAAGUGCGCCGCCACGGGAUCCCCGACUCCAACGAUAACCUGGCGCCGCGAGGGGGGCGAGCUGAUACCGCUUCCAAAUGGAGCAGAGGCCGUCGCCUUCAACGGAUCCUUCCUGACCAUCGCCAAAGUGAACCGACUGAACAUGGGCGCCUACCUCUGCAUCGCCUCCAAUGGCAUUCCGCCAACAGUCAGCAAGCGCGUGAUGCUCAUCGUGCACUUUCCGCCCAUGAUUUGGAUUCAAAAUCAAUUAGUCGGCGCCGCCCUCACCCAGAACAUAACGCUGGAGUGCCAGUCGGAGGCCUACCCCAAGUCCAUCAACUAUUGGAUGAAGAACGACACGAUUAUAGUGCCAGGUGAGCGCUUUGUGCCGGAAACCUUUGAGUCGGGCUACAAAAUAACCAUGCGGCUGACCAUUUUCGAAGUGGACAUCCAGGACUUCGGGGCGUAUCGAUGUGUGGCGAAGAACUCCCUGGGCGACACCGACGGCGCGAUCAAACUGUACCAUAUUCCCCAGACCACCACGAUGACAACGAUGGCUCCGACCGCCUCGAUCAACACGGUGCCCGUGGUCCUCGUGAAGUACAACAAAGAGCAACGCUACGGGAGCAGUGGAAACCAGAACGGCCACGCCAGCAGCAACCCGUACAACUUCGGUCCGGGAAACGGGCAGCAGAACCAGAAGCCGCAGCGCAGCAAGGCCAGCAACAAGGGAGUGGACCAGUCCGCCUCCGGGCUGAACAACGUCUUCGUGGGGGCCACGUCCGGCCUGUGGAACCCGCAGGACCAGCACUCCUCCUCCUCCCGGGGAAGGGAUCACCAGCAGCAGCAGAACCUCGGAUCCGAUCACAGCGCCUCCUACCGCUCCGAUGGCAGUGGAAAGAGCCCGCACCUCACGAAGCACGACGCCAAGUCCUUGACCGACGACCUGGAUCGCAUGCAGGACCUCAAGGGCUGGGCCCGCUCCGCCGCCUGCUCCUCGGUCCUCGCCCUCCCGAUCCUUCUGGGAGUGGGCUACUUGGGGGCGUGGCCGGGCUAAGCCGUUCUCCACGGAAGAAUGUACAAACAGCGCAGAAGAAUCCGGUGUUAGUCUCAUUAGGAAAAGUACUUCGUAAGCAAUACUCAUAUACAUAAAUCGUGUUGGUCGAAAACUCUAUUAUUUUUGUGCUAUGUGGAAAGUUGCUUACUGUAAAAAGUUGUUGAUGUUUAAGGUAAUCUAGAGUUUAAGCGGAGAAGGGGGGAGAAAGGUGGAGUACGAAGCGGUGGAAACUGGAAUUCGCAACGGAAAUACAAAGUAUUAGUAUGUAAAACAUAGGGGCUUAAACAAAGAAUAAUUGUUCACUGGUCUGGUACGAAGGUUGGUGUUUCUAUUUUUGGCCCGAGGAUGUGUUUACCAUGUUUUAUUAAAGCCAUUGAAUGUAAUAUUGCAAGCCCUUCCUUACUCAAUACACACAAUAGAAAUAAUUCAUUAAUCAACUGAAAAAGAACUUGUUUGCAUCAUAUUAAGCUCUUACUUUGUUUAAAUAUCUCACACAUGCAAUCGUUAGGGCUGAAUUUAUGGUAAAGUUUAUCAAUCACCACAAUCAAAAAACAAGGCCAGGAAUAUAAACAUUAACAUACCAAAUAAGCCUCAAGCCGAGAUUAUGUUAUAUUUAAGUCACCGAUAACAAUAUUUUUACUAUUAGCCCAGUUUUAGCUUAGUUUCCACUGCAAGCACUGCAAGCUGUAUAAUAAAUAUUACAUAACAUUUCAUCUUGAUUUAAGGGAAAAUAAAAAUGCCGUCUUUAAUCAUGUAA